UAUGUACUUUUUUUCUUUCGCCAAUUUGAAUCCUAAUUCCUGUUCUUUUUUUCUUGGGGUUUCGUUGAAACUUUGAAAGAAACAACUUUAAAGUUUUAAAGGGUUUUGUACCUUUUUGUGGGUUGGUCACUGUAGAGAGAGAUAGAGAGAGAGAGAUAGAGAGAGAGAGAUGGAGGGUGGGAAGAGAGGAGAAGAAGCAGGACCAUCAUCUACAGGAGGGUCUUCAUCAUCAUCAUCUUUAGCUUGUGGUGGUGGUGGUGGUGAUCAAAGACAAGAAAAGCAAAAGGAAAUGAAUGAGAAACUAAGUGAAGUUUGUGGGGUGGUGGAAGGAGAUGAAGUAGAAGAAGAAGAAGAUCGUGAUGAUGACGAUGAUGCUAAGGAAGAUGAGGUUGAUGCUGGUUUUGUUCCAGGGCCUUUGGUUUCUCUCAAGGAACAGAUUGAGUUAGACAAGGAUGAUGACAGCUUAAGGAGGUGGAAAGAGAAGCUGCUUGGUUGCUUGGAAAGUGAUUUAAAUGGCCAAAUGGAACCUGAAGUCAAAUUUCACUCCGUUGGGAUUAUCUCGGAUGAAUUUGGGGAGAUUACUACUCCCUUGCCUGUUGAUGAAAAUCAGAGAGGCCAUGCCCUGUUCACCCUCAGGGAGGGAUCACACUAUCGGCUUAAGCUGACGUUCAGUGUUCAGCAUAACAUAGUUUCAGGCCUGAGAUACUCCAAUACAGUGUGGAAAGGGGGACUUCAAGUUGAUCAAAGCAAAGGAAUGUUGGGCACUUUUGCUCCUCAAAGGGAAUCAUAUGUGUACACCCUGGACGAAGAAACCACUCCAUCUGGUGCGCUUGCAAGGGGUACCUACAUGGCGAGGCUCAAGUUUGAAGAUGAUGACAACAGAUGUUAUUUGGAACUCAAGUACUCCUUCGAAAUAAAAAAAGCAGCUAGAUGAGUUUUGCCAGAACAGAUCUUCUUGUCCUUUGUUUUGUAUCUUUUUCCAUAUUCUUUCUUAUUUCCCCUAUUACAAACUGCAUACAUGUUUGUGAUAAUCAAUCAGACAUUGCUUUGCAGGUGUGUUACAUAUUAGAGUUGUUUCAAUCACUAUUUCGUUA